ACCCCUUGCGCACACACGAAACCUCCCGACUCAGCAGCGACCGCAACAAGCAAGCGUCUCACACGCACGUCCGGGAGGAGAGAAUCCGGACGUGAAAAUGUUCUCCUCCAAAGAGACACUGGUGGUUCUAACUCUUCUCAAAUGAGCUGAUUUGUCUGGAAGGAUUUGCAAGUGUCUUGUUUUUUUUUUUCGUGACGUGCAGACACCACGCGCGCUCCACUGCACACAGAAUCGACGAUCAAACGUGCAGCCCGAUUUCGUGCUGCGUUCGCUGCACUUGACACUGACUCUUUGUGCUUAUCGGGACUUUUUUGUCUGGUCACACCCAUGUGGGUGGAAAAUGGCGAGACGACUCCGUGAGUGGUUUUCUGCGUGUCUGCACCUGCGCAGGUGGACGGUCGGCGCCACAGGUGAAUGAAUGAGUGAGUGAACGGAGGAGUGGGUUGAAGUACGCGGUGACGCUCUCGCUGGCAUCGAACGUUUGACCUGCACCGCGGCGCGACGAUGGACCUCAAGGUGGAACGGGAGGAAAUGGACGGCGAUCACCCCGCACCGAUUGAAGUUUUCGCCCAUAGGUCCACCCUGCACGGCAUCUCGCACAUUUUCACCUACGAGCGCUUCUGCUUCCGACGCUGCCUGUGGCUCGUCGUCUUUUUCGCCUCUCUCGCCGUGCUGCUUUUCGUGUGUGUGGACCGGAUCCAUUUCUACUUGGAGUAUCCACACGUCACUAAACUGGACGAGGUCGUCAGCCCGAUCUUGACGUUCCCCGCUGUGACUUUCUGCAACCUGAACGCCUUCCGCUUUAGUCGCGUGACACGCAACGACUUGUAUCACGCAGGGGAGCUGCUGGCGCUGCUGAACCACAGGUAUGAGAUCCGAGACGUGCAUCUUGUGGAGGAGAGCGUUUUGGAGAGCCUGAAGGUCAAAUCGGACUUCCACAACUUCAAGCCGCGACCUUUCAACAUGUUGGAGUUCUUCGACCGCACCGGCCACGACAUCAAUGACAUGUUGCUCUCCUGCCACUUCCACGGCACCGAGUGCAGAGCCGACGACUUCAAAGUGGUCUUCACUCGCUAUGGCAAAUGUUACACCUUCAACGCCGGGGGUAAUGAUCGCCCUCCCCUUAUUACCACCAAGGGGGGGAUGGGGAAUGGGCUUGAGCUCAUGUUGGACAUUCAGCAGGACGAGUACCUGCCUGUCUGGGGAGAAUCGGAUGAGACAUCAUUUGAAGCCGGAAUCAAAGUGCAGAUCCACAGUCAAGAUGAACCUUCUUUCAUCGAUCAGCUCGGUUUCGGUGUGGCUCCCGGAUUCCAAACUUUUGUCUCUUGUCAAGAACAGAGGCUGAUAUAUCUUCCACCACCAUGGGGUGACUGCAAGGUGACACCCAUGGACUCCGACUUCUUUGAUACUUACAGCAUCACAGCCUGUCGCAUUGAUUGUGAAACGCGCUACCUAGUGGACAACUGCAACUGCCGCAUGGUGCACAUGCCAGGCGAUGCACCCUACUGCACCCCGGAGCUAUACAAAGAAUGUGCUGAUCCGGCUCUUGAUUUCUUGGUGCAGAGAGAUAAUGAUUUCUGUGUGUGCGAAACACCUUGCAACAUGACCAGAUACAGUAAAGAGCUGUCCUUUGUGAAAAUCCCCAGCAAGGCCUCUGCUAAAUAUCUUGCCAAGAAAUAUAACAAAUCUGAGCAGUACAUUAAGGAAAAUCUCCUGGUUUUGGACAUCUUUUUUGAGGCUCUCAACUAUGAAACCAUUGAACAGAAAAAGGCCUAUGAAGUGGCCGGACUAUUAGGUGAUAUUGGUGGUCAAAUGGGACUUUUCAUUGGCGCAAGCAUACUCACCAUUCUGGAGAUAUUUGACUACCUUUAUGAGGUGAUAAAGUACAAACUGUGUCGCUGCUCUGAUAAAAAGCACAAACACAACAAUGGUCAAGGCACUGUGCUCAGCCUUGAUGAUGUCAAGUGUCACGUCAGUAACUUCCAUUAGGUGUCCAGAGUCUCAAAGCCUCUUCAUGGACUUUGCUCAGUGCUGUGAGCCAACAGGCCAAGUGUCCCAACCGCUCCCAAACUUGUGGCAGAAGCGAAGAAAACAACAUUCUUGAAUGGGCUCGACUGACUUUGCUCAUCCGGCUCAGCCUCACAAAACAUUAGCAUGAACAAAAGUGAUGCGUUUGGGUUAUCAGCUUCAAGAGAUUUUGGUUUGUGGUGAAUUAAUUGUGGUAAAAUCAACAUUUUUUAAGCCAUCCAUACUUGAUGACUUGCAUGUAAUUUGCAUUGAUAACAUUUCAUUUUUAUUAUCAUGCUAUCAAAGAUCAUAUCUUCCCCUGUGAAGCUCCUGAAAACAUCUUGAUGUUAUACCGUUAUUCUUACGGUUUUCUACCUCAUUGGCCAAAUUGACUGCAAGUGCGAUUGGUAAAAAUGGGCACAAAUUCCUAAAUUGGCAUAGCAAAGUAGUAUGCUUUCAUCAGGACUUCCGAACGGAAGGAGAUGGGUGUGUCGCACUGUGCUGCAGUUUCAAACGUGACAGGUUCACCUGCAAGUGAGGUUGCACCCAAGUAUGUUGGUGGUUGAAAAAUGCAAGUGCCGAAGGCUGACGCUGAUAUCGGAAGAGCAAAGGUUGUUUUCCAGCAGUGCCUGUUUGAAAGUUUCUCUCUUGCAACAUUACCUUUGCAUAUUAUUUAUAUUGUAUAUAAGUCAUCAAUCAUUCCCAAUGAGCUCAAUGCAAAGGUCCGACUUCGAGACCAUCAGCUGACAUGAAAACACGAAACAGUUCUUUUGGAUCGUAAAGCCGUUGCAUUUGUCUAAAUUGUAUAUGACUGUACUCCAUUUGCGUCUCUGUUUUCUAUAUGAUGUCAUCUGUAAACAAUAUGAAUAUUAAGAUUUACUUUUCAGUUUUGUGGAUAUGGUCAGAGCGUCUUAUAUUGUUUGACGUAAUUAGAGAGCUAGAUUGCGUUUUGCAGCGGGCGCCGCAUGAAAUCUUUCAUUUUCACUGUCCACAGAAAAGCAUUCAUCUCCAAAUAUUAUGGCUCUUUAUUUAUUUAUUUAUUUAUUUAUUUAUUUACUCACUCAUUUAUUUAUUAAUAUUAAUCCAAUACUUUCUUUGCUUUUAAGUCUACAAAUACUGUACGCAACUCUCAUAACUUGGAGAUACAUGCUUUCAUGGGACAGUUCUUAUGAUGACAUUCGAAUGAUGAAUAUAAAUGAUGGAAUUGAAGAAAUUGUUUCAUUAAAGUUCAAGUCGUAAUGUUAUCUUUUAGUCAACCUUCUGUCUUCUGUGUCUGUUACUUCAAAAUUUUGGUUGCACUUCCUGUUUAUCUUCCUCCCUUCCUCCACUAAGUUUUUCUCAAUUCAGAAAAAUAAGAGGUUACAGAGAGGAUGUUUAUUUUUCUGAAGUUUAACAGAGGUCUCUUUAUAGAAAAGUAUUUACACUAACUCCAAGGUCUCAGCAGCCGUACUUGAAAUAGUGCCACCAUGUUAAUAAGCAGUCUGCUAUACAAUAAAAUCACUGUAAGCAUGUCAGAAUAAAUGCAGAAAUCACCGUAAGCAUGUCAAAAUAAAUGCAGAUCAUUUUUA